UCCGAAAGCUGCUCCCCCUCGUAGCUAUUACAUGCUUUUGUCUCCCACUCCCUUUCUCCUAUCGCCAUCUCCUUUGCCUCUUAGGUGAAAUCAGACGCACUCUUUAACAAGCCCUAAUGCUUUUGGACAAGACAUCCUGAGAUUUGUUAAGUUCUCCAAGCAAUGCUGAAGAGGAGACAACAAAGGUUCGCUAUUUUCUUACUAUUAUUAUGUUUUCUACUUACUUACCCCGAAGCUGCUAAGCAUUUGGCUUCCCCUGAGGCUAAAGCUCUUAUGGGUUUUCAAUCUAAAGCCGAUUUGAGAAACCAACUUGGGUUCUCUCGAAACACAAGCUUUCACUUUUGUGAGUGGGAAGGAGUCACUUGUUAUGAACAAGAAGUGGUGCGUCUCAUUAUUGAAGAUCUCGACUUGGGUGGUGUUUUUGCUCCUAAUACAUUGUCCCACCUUGACCAGCUCCGAGUCUUGAGUCUUCAAAACAACUCGCUCACUGGUCCAAUCCCUGAUCUUUCGGCUCUUAUAAACCUUAAAGCACUCUUCCUUGAUCACAACUUCUUUACAGGUUAUUUUCCUCCUUCGAUUCUAUCCUUUCAUCGAAUUAGAACCAUUGAUUUGUCUCACAACAAUCUCACUGGUUACAUACCCAGCUCGUUAGCUUCUCUAGACCGGUUGUACUACCUGCGACUGGACUGGAACUGGUUUAACGGAACCAUUCCUCCAUUGAACCAGUCUUCCCUUCAAACGUUUAACAUUUCAGGGAACAAUCUUACUGGUGCUAUUCCAGUGACUAAAGCAUUAUUACGGUUUGGUUUCUCUUCUUUUUCGGGGAAUCCCGGUCUUUGUGGAGAGAUUAUUCAUAAAGAAUGUCAUACAAGGCCCCACUUUUUUGGUCCCACGGCUGCUGUUGUGCCGCCGCCGCCUACGGUGACUCUUGGUCAAAGUGCAAAAGUUCAUGGUGUGGAGUUGGCUCAACCGAGUUCGAAGAAGCACAAGAGAACCGCGGUUAUAAUAGGGUUUUCUACUGGCGUCUUUGUUCUCGUCUGUUCACUUCUCUGCUUUGUCAUGACCGUGAGGAAACAGAGAGAUGAAAAACAAUUAACGGCGGUGACUGAUCCCGAUGACGCUGUGGCUACGGUACAAGCUGCGGCUGCGAUUCAAAUGGAGCAAGAGAAUGAGUUGGAAGAGAAAGUCAAGAGAGUACAAGGAAUGCACGUUGCCAAGAGCGGGAACUUGGCAUUCUGUGCGGGUGAGGCGCAGUUGUAUACGCUGGACCAGCUGAUGAGAGCGUCAGCCGAGUUGCUCGGGAGAGGAACCAUGGGCUCGACUUACAAAGCAGUGCUCGACAACCGUCUGAUCGUGACGGUCAAGCGGCUUGAUUCUGGGAAAUUAGCAGCCACAACAAAGGAAGCAUUUGAGCAACACAUGGAAUCAGUUGGUGGUUUAAGGCAUCCCAAUUUGGUUCCUCUCAGAGCUUAUUUUCAGGCCGGAGAAGAAAGGCUUUUGAUCUAUGAUUAUCAACCCAAUGGCAGUCUUUUUUCGCUCAUUCACGGAUCAAAAUCAACGAGGGCAAAGCCACUCCACUGGACUUCGUGCUUGAAAAUAGCAGAGGACGUUGCACAAGGUCUCGCCUACAUCCACCAAGCAUGGAGGCUGGUCCAUGGCAAUCUCAAGUCCUCUAACGUCCUCCUUGGCCCCGACUUUGAGGCCUGUUUGACCGACUACUGCCUCGCAGCUCUAGCCGCUCCCUCAAUCGUUACCGACGGAAAUCCCGAUUCAAUGACGUGUAAGUCACCGGAAAUGCGUGGGCUGACUCAUCAAGCAACACCAAAAUCAGACGUUUAUGCAUUUGGUGUUUUGUUGUUAGAGCUUCUGACGGGGAAAUCUCCGUCGAAGCACCCGGUUUUGGCACCGAAUGAGAUGGUGCAUUGGCUUAGAUCUAGUAGGGAAGACGAUGGAGGGGACGAAGAGCGAGUAGGGAUGCUUCUUGAAGUGGCCGUUGCUUGUUUGAGUUGUAGUGAACAAAGGCCCACAAUGUGGCAAGUCCUGAAGAUGUUACAGGAGAUUAAAGAAGCCAUAUUAAUGGAGGAUGGUGGAUUGGACCCACAUUCUGGGAUGUCUUAAUUAUCUCAUGAUGUUGUUGUUUGAUGGUAGAACGUUCGUUUUGAGUAAUAUGAUGUGUAGAAAAAUAAAUUAAAUUUUAUUAUUCACGAUAUCAC